AUGACACUAAGCCUAUUUGAUCAAUUCCUAAGCCCCGCUCUCAUAGGGGUCCCAUUAGCAGCCGCCGCUCUCGCCUUACCCUGAGCUCUAUUCCCUCGCCCAACCCUGCGCUGAGUUAACAAUCGACUCUUAACUCUCCAAAAUUGAUUCUUCGGUCAAUUUGCCCAACAAAUCUUCCUACCAAUUAACAUUGCCGGCCAUAAAUGAGCAGUGCUCCUGACAUCCUUAAUGCUUUUUCUUAUUACACUUAAUACGGCAGGCCUUCUUCCAUAUACUUUCACACCAACUACACAACUAUCCAUAAACAUAGGCUUCGCCGUACCACUAUGAUUAGCCACCGUAAUCCUUGGAAUGCGAACCCAGCCCACCCACUCCUUAGGCCAUCUUCUCCCUGAAGGGACACCAACUCUCCUUAUUCCCGUCCUAAUUAUUAUUGAAACAAUCAGCCUUUUUAUUCGCCCUCUUGCCCUGGGAGUCCGUCUUACCGCAAAUCUCACCGCAGGACACCUCCUGAUUCAACUAGUAUCCACCGCAACCUCCGUUCUCCUAAUAACCAUACCUGUACUAGCCGUCUUAACCGCCACACUUCUUUUCCUAUUAACUCUCCUAGAAGUCGCAGUUGCAAUAAUCCAGGCCUAUGUUUUUGUUCUUCUCUUAAGCCUCUAUCUUCAAGAAAACGUAUA